AUGAAAAGUGGCAAAACUAAAACAACAGCGCAUUCAAUACCUAUGAUAGCAACAACAAGUGAUGAUUUAUUAGAUCCAAAUAAUUUGAAAGCAAUUCAUUCAAUUGAAGCCAUUUUGGGUAUUCGAAAUAAUGAUAAUCAUUAUCAGCAACAACAACAACAACAGCAUCCAUUUUCGUCCCAUCUUAUACCAUCACAAUUAGAAUUUCAUCAUCGAAGUAAGAAACGAACUUCAAAUGAACAUUAUCCUGAUAUUGUAAAAUCUGCUCGUCGUAUUAGUGAUGAAACAGAUGCAUUAAGUAAUAGUAAAAGUAAUGGAAAUUCAGAAGAUGAUCUCGCCGAUUUAGACGAUGACAAUGAUAGUAAUGACCAUUGUUCAACAAAUAAUCAACAUAGUUCAAAAAAAAAACAUCGUCGAAAUCGUACGACCUUUACAACAUUUCAGCUGCAUGAACUGGAGCGAGCAUUUGAAAAAUCUCAUUAUCCCGAUGUAUACAAUCGAGAAGAAUUAGCAGGCAAAAUUAGUUUACCUGAAGUACGAGUACAAGUAUGGUUUCAAAAUCGUCGUGCUAAAUGGCGUCGACAAGAAAAAGCAGAAACAAAUACAUUAAAUAUCAAUCCAGAUUUUCCGAUGUCAAGUUUUCCAGUAACAUCUAGAAAUAUUACAAAUGCAUCUUCGUCAUCUCCAUCGUGUUCAUCAUCGGUGCCAUCAACAUUAUCAAUGGAUCCAUGGCUUGUUACACCAUUUUCAACAUCGAAUUCAUCAUAUUGUUCCAAUAACAAUGGUUCAAAUAAUCAUGGUGAUAUGCCAUUUUUUCCAACAAACUGUAAUGUAUCAACACUUUAUCCAGCACCAUCCUAUCCAACAGCACCACUACAUCAUCCAUAUGGUUCAUUCUGUUCCGAUCCCAAUGAGGCUCUAAAUGACACAAAUAAUAAUGCUGAUUCUUUUGCUCAUUUACGUAUCAAAGCCAAAGAAUAUAUGAGUGCCAUUAUUGGAACAACAAAUCAUGCAAAAAACCAUCUUGUAUGGCCUCAAGGUGUAUAA